UCGCGCGCCGAGCCCCGCAGCGAGCGCACGCGAGUCAGUGCCCGCAGUGUCCGCAGUGUCCAGUGCAGUGAGUGAAGUGGUGCCGGAUCCGGCGCACAGUGCGACGUCGCGAGUGGCGGCAUGCGGGCGCGCGCGCCCCGGCGGCGCCCGGCGCUGCGCUGACCCGAUGCGCCGCCAGCCUCCGCGGCACACGCCGCUGCUGCUCGCCCUCGCCCUCGCCUGCCUGCUGCGCUGCGCGGCGGGGGCGGGCGUGUUCGAGCUGCAGAUCCUCGAGUUCUCGAACCACCGCGCGGCGCUGGCGUCGGGCGCGUGCUGCGGCGGCGGCGCGCGCGAGCCCGUCUGCGCCGCGCCGUGCCGCACGCGCUUCUCGCUCUGCCUCAAGGAGUACCAGUCGGCCGCCGCGCCCGGCGCCUGCUCCUUCGGCCGCGCCGCCUCGCCCGUGCUCGGCACCGACUCCUUCACGCUCGCCGAGCCGCUCUACACGCUCGCGCUGCCCUUCUCCUUCCGCUGGACGAGAUCCUUCACGUUGAUACUCCAGGCAUACGACGACUACGAGUACCCCGAGCCGGACGCGGGGCUGGUGGAGGAGGCGUGGUGGUCGGGCAUCGUGGAGCCGAGCGCCGAGUGGCACGCGCUGCAGCAUGCGGGCGCCGCGGCCGCCGUGGCGUACCGCGUGCGCGUGCUGUGCCAGCCCAACUACUACAACACCACGUGCACCACGUUCUGCCGGCCGCGCGACGACAAGUUCGGCCACUACUCGUGCUCGCCCGACGGUGACAAGCGCUGCCUGCCCGGCUGGCAGGGCGACAACUGCGAGAAGCCCGUGUGUAAGGAAGGCUGUCAUCCGACCCACGGUCGCUGCGAUCGCCCUGGUGACUGCGACUGCCGGCCGGGCUGGCGAGGCGAGCUGUGCUCCCAGUGCCAGCCGUACCCUGGCUGCAAGCACGGCUACUGCAACGGCUCCUCGUGGGACUGCACCUGCGACACCAACUGGGGCGGCAUCCUCUGCGACCAAGAUCUGAACUACUGCGGUACACAUGAGCCGUGCCAGCACGGCGGCACGUGCGAGAACACUGCGCCGGACCAGUACCUGUGCCGCUGCGCCGAGGGCUUCUCCGGCACGGACUGCGAGCGCGUGGACAACCCGUGCGCGCCGCAGCCCUGCGUGCACGGCGAGUGCGCGCUGGCGGGCACGCCGCGCGGCUUCUCGUGCGCGUGCCAGCGCGGCUGGGCCGGCGCGCUCUGCGACCUGGACGUGGACGACUGCGCCAGCGCGCCCUGCCGCAACGGCGCCACCUGCCGCGACCGCCUCGACGCCUUCGUCUGUGACUGCGCGCCCGGCUGGACGGGGCCCACCUGCGCCGAAGACAUCAAUGAGUGCGAACAGAAAGCUGCGGAAGGUGUGGCCGGCGUCGCCGAGGGGGCUCUCGGUCCGUGCGUGAACGCCGCCGCGUGCAACAAUACCUCGGGCGGCUACUCGUGCACCUGCCUGGCCGGCUGGACGGGCCGCGACUGCGAGGCCAACGUGGACGACUGCACCGGGCAGUGCCUCAACGGCGCCACGUGCAUCGACCUGGUGGACGACUUCCACUGCGCGUGCGCGGCCGGCUACGCGGGCCGCACGUGCGCGCGCGACAUCGACGACUGCGCGCCGCGGCCCUGCAGGAACGGCGGCGAGUGCGUCGACCUGCUCAACGCCUACCGCUGCAUCUGCCCCGUCGGCUUCUCGGGCACCAACUGCGAGGAUGACCGCGACCACUGCGCGGGCUCGCCGUGCGGCAACGGCGCGGCGUGCUACACGGCGCAGAGCGACUACUACUGCCACUGCGCGCCCGGCUGGACCGGCAAGAACUGCACGCAGCGCGCCGCCAGGGAACAGGCAGACGCGUGCGCGGCCAGCCCGUGCCGCAACAAUGGCAGCUGCGUCGCUGGCGCCGCAGACUUCACGUGCAUCUGCCGCGACGGUUGGACAGGAAAAACAUGUUCGGUGCGCGUCGAAGCUAUCGACCGAUGUCCUGAAGGUACUUGUGCCAACGGAGGCACGUGCGUGCGCGAGGGCGGCGGCUGGCGCUGCGCGUGCGCCGCGGGGUGGGCGGGCGCGGCGUGCGAGCUGGCGCCGGCGCCCGCGUGCCCGUGCGCGCCGGGCGGCGCCUGCGUGCCGAGCGCGGGCGCGCCGGGCUGGGCGUGCGCGUGCCGCGAGGGCCGCACGGGCGCGCGCUGCGAGCUGCCCGCCGACCCCUGCGCGUCGGCGCCGUGCCGCAACGGCGGGCGCUGCGUGGGCGGCGCGGGCUGGUGGGCGUGCGAGUGCACGCCGGGCUGGACGGGCGACACGUGCGAGCGCCGCGCGCCCGCCGCCUGCGAGCCCGCGUGCCCGCCUGCCGCCGCCUGCGUGCCCGACCCGCUGCGGCCCGAGCGCGCCGCGCGCUGCGUGUGUCCGCCGCCGCCGCAGCGCGCCGCGCGCCGCUGCCUCGAGAUGCUGGCGGGGCUCGGCGCCGAGGGCCCGGAGGGCGGCGAGGCGGAGGGCGCGGGCGCGGGCGGCGCGGAGGGCGAGCCGGGCGCGUGCGGCGCCGACAACGGCACGUGGUGGUGGGGCUGCAACGCGUGCUGGUGCGACGCGGGCGCGCCGGCCUGCACGCGCCUGUGGUGCGGCCUGCCCGACUGCCACAUGCCCAACGCGCAGCCGUGCCGAACUGACGAGGUGUGCGUGCCGGCCGCGCCCGCGCUCUGUCUGCGAGCGCCCUGCGCGCCCAUCGGCGAGUGUCGGCGCGUGGCGGGGCGCCGCGUGGAGCCGCCCGCGCUGCCCGCGCCGCCCGCCUGCUGGCCCGGCGCGCGCGACGCGCCCGUGCCGCCCGGCUGCGCGCGCGCCUCGCUGCAGCUCGCGCGCGAGCGCCUCGCCCGCGGCGCGCACGUGGAGCGAGCCUGUGCCGCGCUGCGCCGCGCGCUCGCCGCCGCGCUGGCUGCACGCGCGCCGCCCGCGCCGCCGCUCGCGCUGCUCUGCGACCUGGCGCCCGACGACGACGACGCGCUCGACCUGGCCCUGUGGAUCGGGGACGAGGUGGGCACGGACGGCACGGAGCGCGCCGAGGCGCUGGGCGCCGCCGUGCGCGCGCUCAGCGAGCUGGUGUCGCGGCGCCGCCUCGCGCACCACGCGCUGCUGGGCGCGGCGCUGCGCCUGCGCGUGCCGCACGCGGCGGCGCCGGCGCCGGUGUCGGAGCCCGCGGCGCCGGCGCCGACGCUCGCGCUGACGCUGGCGGCGCUGGCGCUGCUGGCGCUGCUGGGCGCGGGCGCGGGCGCGGCGCUGCUACUGCGCCGGCGCCGCCUGGCCGCGGCCGCCGAGCGCUCGCGCCGCUGCGACGAGGAGAAGUCCAACAACCUGCAGAACGAGGAGAACCUGCGGCGCUACGCCAACCCGCUGCACGGCGGCGGCGCGGGCGCGGCGCGCGAGGAGUUGCCGCGCGCGCUGUACAAGGCGCAGAACGCGGACGCGCGCAACGACACGCCGCCGCGCGACAAGGAGCUCACCAAGCGCGUGCUGCCGCCGCCCGAGCCGCCGCCCGCGCGCCACCCGCCGCCCGAGCGCCUCACCGUGCUCGUCUAGCGCCAGCCCGACAGUGCCUGACCGACUGUGCCACACUGACUAUUUAUUGUUGUACGACGUAGAUCGCUAUCUUGUAAAUAUUGUAUUUUAUGUAAAUAAUGUUGACUCGUGUGAAUUUUGUACGUUUUAUGAGUGGUAUAGAAUUGAGUAUUUUGUUUGUAAAGGUUGUAAAAUGAAAAUGUGAAGUUGUUGUAAUAAAAAAUAAACUGAGUUUA